AUGCAGGGCAACAAUCUUACGCCUAGCCAACGGCAUUUACUAGGCGAUCUUCAAUCUCAGGUCCUCCGUCAUCACAUAUACCAGUUGAAAUUGCGGCGUCUGCGUGGAGGAGUUACGAUUGACAAUCCAACUAACUCCGACUCCCACCCCGAUAGCUAUAAUGAAACUACGCCAACACUCACCUCUGGCCUACUCUCUUGUAUUCCACCUCCUGUCUCUUCCGGUUCCAACUCUGCAGCUUGUGACACAGGCCCAGCCUCAAGUCUUUCGACUGAAGUGGCUACUCGGACCACUGCAGUCGUAUCGGCCGAUCCUGUUCCAGGGCCUGAUGACCUCUUUUCUGAAGAUGAUCUGCCUCCAAGCGUGGGCAGUCCUUCGGGAGCAGUCAAUUUGCCCGAGGAAGAGGAUCUUGCUUUCCUCACAGAUGAUCUACUGGCCCAGUUAAAUGGUGCGGAGGCGCCAGGAGGUUUAGAUUUUGACGAGCGUGCCCUCUUUAGCCAGCCUGCUGCAGCCACUUCCUUGUCCACCGGCCUUAUUUCAUCGGUCUCGGCGAACACAAUUGGUUCAUCCGCAUCAGUUAGUAACGAGUUAACUGGCGGGGUAGGGGAAGGAGAAGCUUCUGACAGAGUAGCUAACUCUAAGGUUGGUGCUAAUGAAGAAGUCAGUCCUGUCCAUCGUGUUUCAGCCGAUGAUUCAAUAUCCUACCAUCAACGUAGGCAAUCGCGUCUUGGAUCUACCGAUACUACAGCUCAGAUAAAUGGUCACAGGUCAGCUGGAUUUGAGCCCAACGGGCCUGAAACUAAACCCUGUGUUUCUGUUGCCAGUGGCAGUAUUGCUGGUGGUGCCAGAAGUACUGGCAGUAUUAACUUUGGUGGUAAUGGUGACCUUCUUGACUAUCUGACUCGCCCCUUCUGUCCGCCCACAAGCAUUACAGCUAGUCUCAGUAUUACCACUACGGCUAGACAGCUUCUGGAUUCUGUACUUGGUCUUGGUUGCUCUGGUGGACCCUGGUGGCCUAGCCUCCUGCCCGAAGAUGGUCCUCUGCCAUCGCCUCCGGAAAAGCCCUGCCCUCCUCUUCCUGUGUCUUCGCUUUCUGGUCAGCCCGUCUCUGGAUUAGAUCGCAAUCGGCUUCUAAUGCCAGCUACACCAAGUGUCUAUUUGGACAGUCGAAAAGACGCCCUGUCACCGGAGUUAAUGCGUUACUGUCUUUCCCAGCCUACUGUCGUAAUCAGAGGCCUGGCUGCCGCUCUGCGUCUCGAUCUUGGUCUCUUCUCAACUAAAUCUCUUGUUGAAGCUCAUCCAGAUCAUCGUGUCGAGAUACGGACGCAACGUUUUCAAGCUCCGGAUGAAAAUUCCGACCCUAAAGGCAGAAGCCGUUGGUUUUGCGAGUCACCACGUACUCAUACAACUAUAGCAAAAUAUGCCUCAUAUCAGGCUGCUUCUUUCAUGGAGGCUCUGAGAGAGGAGAAGAUUGCUCUUGUUUCCAACUCGAGUGGCAAUUCUGGUGAUGGUGAUCCUUCGCAUGGAUACUAA